UCGGCCGAGUAUAAAAAGUCGACAUAUCUUUGGGAUGAUAUUCGACUCCACAUCCAAACAUCACGCGGUUAACAUGAAACUCCUGCUCGUCGUUCUGGGCUGUAUAGCAGUCUCGGCUCUGCCCGUGGAGAAGCAAAAAAGAGACAUCCUCCCAGGAGACCCCCGCUACGGUACCGAUCAUCAUCACCAUCACGAAAACGUGAUCGAAGAUGCACGAAGCUCGCUGCCAUCGAACAGCUACGGACCUCCUGGCUAUCAACCAGGUGUUCCUCUGAACCACUUGGAGCAACACUCUGACGUAACUCAUUUUUCGACUCCGUUGCCAAACUUUGAUGUCUCCAACAAUGUCCAGCUUCCUCAACUGAGCAACAGCUACAUACCCGUGAACACGGAGACGAAGAAGACUGUCACGACGGUUAAUGUUCCUGUUCAACACACGAAGACCGUAAGCGUUGGACCACCAGCCACCUCUUACGGAACUCCCGUGGUACAUCACACCAAGACCUCGGUCGAUACGUCCAGCGGACACGUUGAGACAACGCACAAGACAGUGAAAACCGAAGUUCACGACCAGCAGGUGGUAGACUUACCGACUCCGUCAGUGAAGGUCAUCCAACAAACACCCGUUACCCAAGUGGCGAAACAUUUUACUGCAGUGAAGAACGUUCCAACCACCUUGACGAAAGACGUGCACUCUGAUAGCCUAACUCAGGGUCUGCUCACUCAAAGCUUGCCCGGCUACCAAUCGUUCGGAGGAUUCUAUAAUGUACCCAGCUAUAAUAUUCCUUCUUACACACCCUCCGUUUACACGAACUUCCAGCCAGGCUACAACGCCUUCCAAACUGCGUACUCCGGCUGGUCGAACUACCCUAGCACCCUGGACCACCAAGUGCAGCAGCCUCUCACCUCUCAAUUCACCCUUCCAAGCUACUCUUACUCUCAUACUGCUCAACUCCCGCAAACGUACCAAUUGCCUCAAACUCUCACACACCUCGUAGAGCAAGUACAACCACUGCAGAAUGUGCACUCUGUGUCCCCCGUGAAGACGGUGCAGAGUUAUACUCCGGUGGAGACUUUGACCCACUCUGUGCAGCCAGUACACACUAGCUCUGUGAGCACCGUGACGCCUGUUCAAAGGGUGCAGUCCGUCGAGGUGUUGCCUCCUGUGAAGCAGAGCUACACUCCAGUGGAGACUGUGUCCCACUCCGUGCAGCCAGCGCACACUAGCUCCGUGGAGACCGUGACACCUGUUCAAAAGGUGCACUCCGUCGAGGUGUUGCCUUCUGUGAAGCAGAGCUAUACUCCAGUGGAGACUGUGUCCCACUCCGUGCAGCCAGUGCACACUAGCUCCGUGGAGACCGUGACGCCUGUUCAAAGGGUGCAGUCCGUCGAGGUGUUGCCCUCCGUGAAGACUGAACACACAGUGCACUCUGGUCAAGUCCAGAAAGGACCCAUCAGCGACUUCUUCCAGAACCUCUCCCAGAACUUCCCAUCUCUGCCCUCGUUUCCGACGUUACCAUCCUUCCCCUCGUUGCCGGAUUUACCUAGCUUUCCCUCGACGCCAGCGCCAGCUGAGGAACCUGUCUCAGAAGUUAAGGGUUUUACUGCCGACAAAGAAUCCAUCACCGUGGAGAACCCGUUAGUGUCCGACAGCUUGAAGGGUACCGUUGUACAGCACGUCACUCCCGCUAACGAGUAUGUUCAGCCCACGGCUGCGAAUGGAGGAUACGUUUAUUGAAAGGGAGUCGAAUGCUUGAGAUUGAAAGAUCAAGAGAAAUGUGAAAGUCACAGGACGGAUGUAAAACGCGAACUAAUAUAAGUAAAUAAAUUCUUUUAUUACAAA